AUGUGCCCCGAGUCCGCUAAGAACGUGCAGUCCGCGGGGAUCCAUUCAUUCAUGCAUGCAAGGCUCGUUCGGACUCGUGUGGGCAUGCAUGGGCACGAGCGCACGGAUGAACGUGUCGUGCACGCCCCCCGCCGUUUCUCCUCUAUUUCUCACCCGCGUGUGUUCCUCCCUCCCUCCUUCCCUCCCUCCCUCCCUCCCUCCCUCCCUCCCUCCCUCCCUCCCUCCCUCCCUCCCUCCUUCCCACCCCCACUCCCCCCGCUCCCCUCCUCCGCUCUUUACCCCUCCUCUGUUCCCCACUUCCCCUCCUCUGUUCCCCACUUCCCCCCUUUCCCCUCCGCUCCUCCUCCCCUCCUCCUCCCCUUCGCCCCUUCCCAACCUCCUCCCCGCCUAUCGCGCGCCCGUGCGCGCAUGGCCUGGGGCCUGCCGUCGCUGCCAGUGAGGAAGAAGAGAAGCGGCGUCGCAGGCACGGGCACGGGCAAGGCCAAGGCCGCUGCUGCUGGCGGCGGUGGUAAGACAAGUGGCAGUGGUGGUGGUGGCGGGGGUGCGAGUGGGAGUGGGGGCAGCAGCAGCGACGGCGGCGGUGGCGGCAGCGGGGGGAUAUCAUCGACGUUGGAGCAGCUGCAGCAGCAGACACAGCGCACCGUCAGUGGCAUCGGGGAGGGGGACGAUGCGGCACGGGGGAGGGCAGGAGCACGGGGGGGAGUGCCUGCAGGGCUGGGGGCGGGCUUGCCAGGGCUGGGCGGGCUGGGGGGGCUGGGGGGGCUAGAAGGGUUGGGAGGGGAGGGGGAGGAGUUGGAUGAGGCGGUGGUGGAGCGACUGGUGAAGCAGUUUGAGGACAUGGGCACCCAGGACAUGGCGGGGCUGAUGGACGCGGUGAUGCAGCAGCUGCUCUCAAAGGACGUGCUGCACGGCCCAAUGAGGGACCUCCACGCGCGCUACCCCGCCUGGCUCGCCGCCAACGCCGCCACUCUGCCGCCCGAUGACCUGGCGCGGUACGAGCGGCAGCAGCGCGCCAUCGGGCGGCUGUGCGCGCUGUACGAGGAGAGGCCGGGCGACUUCGAGGCCAUCAUGGCGGUGAUGGGGGAGAUGCAGGCGUGCGGGCAGCCGCCCCCAGAGAUGAUCAAGGAGAUCGCUCCCGGGCUGGAGAUGGGGGAAGAUGGCCUGCCUGUGCUGCCUGACAUGCUGCAAGGAGGGGACCUCCCUGCCGACUGCUCACUCAUGUGA